UACAACCUUUCUACCCACUCCUGCACGGGCUCACAGCUCAGAUCCAAAGAUCGUUUGCUCAAGCAGCAUAACGACCAGAGCCGAUCUUCAGAUCAGAUCUUUGUUGAUGAAGAGGCCCCAACUGGAAGUGAACGUCCCAUCUUUAUAGUGUGUAAACAAGGGCUGGGAGACACUAUCUAAGACGGAAGCAAAGCUGUUAAAAUGAGGACACUGAGCUAAACAUGGGGUCGGUGGUGGCGUGCUGCAGCAGCUUGUGUGGGACGCAGAAGAAACAAGAGGAGGAGAGACACUUGCGUGCCAACGAAAGAACGUUCAACCAGUCUUAUAACUAUGCUAAAAACUCCAUCAAGACGUCCAAGUACAACGUUCUCACCUUCCUGCCUCUUAACCUCUUUGAGCAGUUCACGAGGCUUGCUAAUGCCUACUUCCUCUUCCUUCUUAUUCUUCAGCUGAUCCCACAGAUCUCCUCGGUGCCUUGGUUCACCACGGCCGUGCCAUUGGUUGCAGUGCUGAGUAUCACUGCAGUCAAAGAUGCCAAUGAUGACAUUAACAGACAUAAAUGUGACAAGCAAGUGAAUAACCGCAAAGUCGACGUCCUCAUCAAUGGAGAACUGAAAAAAGAGAAAUGGAUGAAUGUUGAGGUUGGAGACAUAGUGAAACUAGAGAGUAAUCACUUUGUCACAGCAGACCUCCUGCUGUUGUCCAGCAGUGAGCCUCUCAAUCUGGUCUACAUGGAAACAGCUGAGUUAGAUGGUGAAACCAAUCUGAAAGUGAAGCAGGCCCUGACUGUAACGGGAGAGAUGGGAGACAACAUGGAAGCACUUUCCAUGUUCAGAGGUGAAGUUCGGUGUGAGCCGCCCAACAACCGUUUAGACAAGUUCAAAGGAACCCUGACUAUGAAUGGACAAAACUACGGCCUGGACAACAACAAAGUGCUGCUCAGAGGGUGCACUCUGAGGAACACAGAGUGGUGCUUCGGCCUGGUCCUCUUUGGAGGUCCCGACACCAAGCUGAUGCAGAACAGUGGGAGAACAACGUUCAAACGGACCAGCAUUGAUCACCUGAUGAACAUCCUGGUGUUGUGUAUCUUUGGUUUUCUGGCGACUCUUUGCUCCAUCAUGACCAUCGGCCACGCCCUUUGGGAGGAGAAAGAGGGCUCUGCCUUCUCCGUUUUCCUUCCUCGUCAACCAGGUGUUGACAUUCCUCUGUCGUCCUUCCUCUCCUUCUGGUCAUACAUCAUUGUCCUCAACACAGUGGUGCCCAUCUCUCUUUAUGUCAGUGUGGAGAUGAUCCGCCUUGGGAACAGCUUCUACAUAGACUGGGACAGGAAGAUGUAUCACCCAAAGAGUGACACCCCUGCACAGGCGAGGACCACCACCCUCAAUGAGGAGCUGGGUCAGAUUAAAUACAUCUUCAGUGAUAAAACUGGGACCCUGACGCAAAACAUCAUGACCUUCAACAAGUGCUCCAUUCAUGGAAAGAACUACGGUGAGCUCUUUGACUUUUCUGGACAAAGAGUUGAGAUAACAGAGAAAACCGAGCGAGUGGACUUCUCCUGGAACCAGUUGGCAGAUCCAAAGUUCGUCUUCCAUGAUUACAGUCUGGUUGAAACGGUAAAGGAGGGAAACCCAGAGGCUCAGGCCUUCUUCCGCCUUCUGGCUCUGUGUCACACCGUCAUGCCUGAGGAGAAGAAAGAGGGGGAGCUCAACUAUCAGGCCCAGUCACCUGAUGAGGGCGCUCUGGUGACCGCAGCCAGAAACUUUGGAUUUGUGUUCCGCUCUCGAACACCAGAGAGCAUCAGCAUCAUGGAGAUGGGCAUGAAGGUCACGUAUGAGCUUCUGGCUGUUCUGGACUUCAACAAUGUGCGUAAAAGGAUGUCAGUAAUAGUGCGAAGCCCUGAAGGCAAGAUGAGCCUGUACUGUAAAGGAGCCGACACCAUCAUCUAUGAGAGAUUACACCCCUCCUGUAGCAAACUGAUGGAGGUCACCACUGGACACCUGAAUGAGUAUGCUGGCGACGGCCUCAGGACUCUUGUUCUGGCCUACAAGGACUUGGAGGAGAGCUACAUGGAAGGGUGGAGACAGCGCCACCAUGAGGCCAGCACGGCUUUGGAGGGACGAGAGGAGAGACUGGAUGAACUUUAUGAAGAGAUCGAGAAAGACAUGAUUCUGCUGGGAGCGACGGCUGUGGAGGACAAGUUGCAAGACGGUGUCCCACAAACCAUCGAGCAACUGGCUAAAGCCGACAUCAAAAUCUGGGUCCUGACUGGAGAUAAACAAGAAACGGCAGAAAACAUCGGCUACUCCUGCAACAUGUUAAGAGAAGAGAUGAAGGAGGUUUUUAUUGUUGCUGCAAACACAGCAGAAGGAGUCAAAGAGGAGCUGCAGAAUGCAAGAAAAACAAUGUGUCCAGAAGCAGCAGAGAAGGCGUUAGUGAUUAAAGCUCGUGGCGGUUUGUUUUGGCUCAAGAAGACAGAGACUGUGGAAGAUGAGAAGGUGGAUGAAGAAUAUGGCCUGGUCAUAAAUGGGCAAAGUCUGGCCUUUGCCCUGGAGAAGGACCUGGAGCUGGAGCUGCUGAGGACAGUAUGUAUGUGUAAAACUGUGAUCUGCUGCAGGGUCACCCCUCUGCAGAAGGCCCAGGUGGUAGAGCUGGUCAAAAAAUACAAACGGGCUGUCACUCUCGCCAUUGGAGAUGGAGCCAAUGAUGUCAGCAUGAUUAAGGCUGCUCAUAUUGGUGUAGGAAUCAGUGGUCAGGAGGGGAUGCAGGCGGUUCUCUCCAGCGACUUCUCCUUUGCUCAGUUCCGUUAUCUCCAGCGUCUCCUGCUGGUGCACGGUCGCUGGUCCUACCUUCGCAUGUGCAAAUUUCUGCAAUACUUUUUCUUCAAAAACUUCACCUACACCCUUGUUCACUUCUGGUACGCCUUUUUUUGCGGCUUCUCUGCACAAACUGUGUUUGAUGAUUGGUUCAUCACUUUGUAUAACACGGUGUACACAGCUGCCCCUGUUCUCAGCUUGGGCCUCUUUGACCAGGAUGUAAACGACCGCUGGAGCAUCCGCUACCCUCAGCUCUACUCUCCCGGCCAGCUGAACAUGUAUUUCAGUAAAAAAGCCUUUGUCGGCUGUAUAAUGCACAGCUGUUACAGCUCCCUAAUCCUCUUCUUUAUCCCGUGGGCUGCCAUGCACGACACAGUCAGGGAUGACGGCAGAGACAUAGCAGAUUAUCAGUCCUUUGCUUUACUGGCACAGACAUGUCUGCUUGUAGUGGUGAGCGUGCAGAUAUGUUUAGACACCUAUUACUGGACAGCAGUAAACCAGCUCUUUGUCUGGGGCAGCCUGGCUAUAUAUUUUGCUGUGACAUUCACCAUGUACAGCAAUGGGAUGUUUUUCAUCUUCACCUCUAUUUUUCCCCUAAUUGGUGCAGCAAGAAAUUCUUUGAAUCAGCCAAAUGUGUGGCUGACCAUCUUCUUGUCUUCCCUCCUUUGCACUCUGCCAGUGUUGGCUUAUCGCUUUGUCCUCAUACAGAUCCGUCCAGCUAUCACAGACAAGGUGAGAUGUAAGGCCCGAAAAGGUCUGCCAGAGCCUGCUCCUCGCCGUCCCUACACCAGGCGCAUCAGCACUCGUCGGUCGGGCUAUGCCUUCUCACAUGCCCAAGGCUAUGGUGAUCUGGUUACUUCUGGAAAAUUUCUGCGCAUUAAAAGUCGACCAGCGCUGUUUCCCAAAACAGACACUCCUGUUGUUGAAACGCUGCCGCAGCACUAUCGUACCAUAACAGAGGAGCGGGAGGAUGGUUAAAGUCGCUAAAACACAGCUCCAAAAGGAUAUUGGUUUUUAUUACUGUGGAAAAAGGCUCAGGUUAAUCUCUGGUGUUUACUUGCAGUAUUCUUAAACUGGAUUUGUUAUAGAGUUGAUAACAUCACUGUGAAUGUGUUGAGUUUACAAUAAAAAUGUCUUAAAUAUU